AUGGACACUGAGAUGAAUGAGCAAUACCAGGAGGACGAUGACUUUAACCAACAAGAAGAGCUAAUAAGUGACCAAGAUAUGAUGGAUGAACAUAAUGAAUUUGAAGAAGACUUCAAAGAUGAAUUUACUGAGGGGGCGUUUUUUUCUGAAUCUGAACAUCCUGAAGAUAUCCUUGAAGCCGCUUAUGCGGUUGACUCCGUGCAAGACAUUACAACUUUGAAAUUUAGUAAGAAUUUUGCGGAGGAAAUUGGCAAAUACCACUUUUAUUCUUUGCAGCUUGCAUUUGAUUUUUAUAUGAAGUACUCAAAGUCGAAGGGCUUUAGUGCAAGGAAGAGCAAGACCUUCAAGAAUAGUACUGGCGAGAUUUACAAACAAAAGUUUGUAUGUCAUAGGCAAGGAUUCAGGAUGGAGAAAUAUUACACGAUGGAAAAAAGGAAGAAGGAGCCUAGAUUAGAAACAAGAACUGGAUGUGAAGCCCGAAUGGAUGUUAAAUUUGUACCAGAAAAUGGAAGAUGGCAUACCUUUUAUUUCUUUGACGAACACAACCAUGAUCUAUUGGAUACACAAUUCAGUGCUAUGUUGCAUGCCCACAGAAAAAUGUCAGAGGCAGAUAUUAUGCAAAUGAUGAACAUGCUAAAGUCAGGGAUUAGCAUUUCACAGAUAUUUGGUCUUCUAGCUAGUCAAGCAGGCGGGUAUGAAUUUGUUGGCUAUGGUCCCAGAGAUAUGUACAAUGAGGUUGCUCGGCAAAGGCGUCAAAUUCCUGGUGAUGCAGCGCGAGUGUUGAAGAAGUUGGAGGAUAUGCAGUUGAACGAUCCACAAUUAUAUUUCAAGGCAUGUCAUGAUUCAAGAGGUUUGUUACGUAAUUUGUUCUGGUCUGAUGGGAUUAGCCAACUAGACUACCGACUCUUCGAGGAUGUUAUUGCUUUUGAUGCUACGUACAAGAAGAACAAGUAUAGUUGUCCAUUAGUCAUAUUCAGUGGGGUUAACCACCACAACCAAACAAUUGUUUUUGCUGCUGCGUUAAUUGCUGACGAAACUACUGAUACAUAUAUUUGGCUCCUGCGUCAGCUCAUGUUUGCAAUGAGGGGCAAGACCCUGACCUCAAUCAUAACUGAUGGGGCCAUGGCGAUUAGGAAUGCAGUGAGAGAUGUAUUUCCCGAAGUCAGACAUAGAUUAUGCGCUUGGCACCUUAUUCGAAAUACAACUAGCAAUGUUGGAAAUCCAUCGUUUACAUUGAAAUUUAGAAAAAUCAUGUUGGGAGACUACGAGAUUCCCGUGUUUAAGCGUAAGUGGGUUCAGCUUAUUGAAGAAUUUGGCAUUGAGGAUAAGCCGUGGGUGAUCAACAUGUACGAAGAGAAGCAUAUGUGGGCUACAGCAUAUCUAAGAGGAAAAUUCUUUGCUAGCUUUAGAACUACAUCAAGAUGUGAAGGUUUACACUCAGUUGUGGGAAGGUAUGUGGGGUCGCGGUAUGAUUUGACAAGUUUCGUAGAGCAUUUUCAAAGGUGUGUUGCACACAUGAGAUUUAAAGAAUUUAAUGCUGAUUAUGAAUCUACACGUGGGGUGCCUGUCAUGCAAACUUGUAUAGAGCUACUAGAGAGAUAUGCUGCUGAGUUAUACACUCAUGAGAUAUUUCUUUUCUUUCGGCCAUUUCUCUCUAGAGCUGGAUCAAUGCGGGUGCUAAACAUAGAUAAUACCGAUGAUUGCAUAAAGUACACUGUGUAUAAGCAUGGGAGGCCCGAUUUUAUGUGGACCGUUGAUUUUCGUCAAGAAGAAAUGAUCUUCAUGUGUACCUGUUUAAGAAUGGAGUCAUUUGGUAUUUCCUGCAAACAUAUUGUGAAAGUUCUGGUUGACAGAGACAUCUGUGAGAUUCCCUGGUCAUUGGUAUUGGAUAGAUGGACAAAAAAGGUUAAAUCAGCACUCAAUGAUUCAAGUGGGUUCACCAGGGAUGUUGUUGUUAUUAGUCGUCAAAGUGCCUUGGUGGAAUUUUCUAAACAAUUGGCUGCAGUUGCUGCUAAAGUACCAGAGAGAUAUGAAGAGACACGUGACCUAAUUAUGGGAUUGUACUCAUCUUACAAGGCUGCAGACGAAGGCACUAAUCAACCUCAAUCAGGUGUAGCUAAAAGUAGCAAUCCGUAUGUGAAUCAAAGCGGUGUAGGCUCAGGAUAA